AUGGCGGAAUCUGUCCUGCUCGAGGACUCGACCAUCUACACUCUGGCGGCCACCGACACCAUGGCGCACACCAACGGCUACAAGCCCGUCCUGGACAAGGACCUUCCCGACAUCACCUUCAUGACCGAUGCGGAAUGGACCACCUUCUUCUCCAUCGCCGAGGCCAUUGUCCCGGCCGUCGUGCCCCAGACCAAGGUCCACGACCCCAUGCGCCAGCUCGGCAUCCCGGACAAGGAGUUUUACGCCGCCGUCGACGAGACCCUCGCCAGCCUGACCAACCCGCCACCUCAGCAGAAGCUCAUGGAAUGGCUUGCCUUUCGCGCCGUCGAUGAGCCCGCCUUUCGCCGCGAGUGCGAACACUCGGUCGCCUCGGCGGCCCUGCGGAUGGAGCUCGCCAAUUUCAUGAAGCUGCUCAACACCCGAUAUGGCAGCCUGCUGCUGACCGGCCGCUGGACGCCCUUUUACAGACAGCCACUCCUCAUUCGCCAGCAGAUUCUCAAAAACUGGAGAUCAUCACGCCUCCUGCCGCUGCGCAUCGUCCUCAAAUCCAUGAACGCGCUCACGCGCAAGUCUCUCGGCGCCUCGAGCCGCUACAUUGAAGAGCUGGGAGGGUUCGAGACGCUGCCCAAGAACUGGGAGCGCAAGCAGGGUUACGAUUUCAAGUUUCUGCAGAUUGCGGAAGGCACAGGGACGCACACCAUUGAGACGGACGUGGUCAUUGUCGGCUCCGGCUGUGGCGGAGGUGUCUCUGCCAAGAACCUGGCCGAGGCCGGCCAUCGCGUGCUCGUCCUCGACAAGGGCUACCAUUUUGCGCCCGAGAACUUUCCCCUGAGCCAGGUCGGCAACAAGCACAUUUACGAGAACAACGGCCUCGUCAUCUCCAAGAGCUCUGCCAUCUCGGUCGCCGCGGGCGAGACCUGGGGCGGCGGCGGCACGGUCAACUGGAGCGUGUGCCUGAAGCCGCAGGACUAUGUCCGCAAGGAAUGGGUCGCCGCCGGCCUACCGCUGUUUGGCUCGUCCGAGUUUGACGACUGCAUCGACCGCGUGUGGACCGCCAUCGGCGCCAAUCAGACCAAGAUCCGCCACAACCACCAGAACGAGGUCGUGCUCAACGGCUCCAAGAAGCUCGGCUGGCACAGCAACGUCUGCGACCAAAACACGGGCGGCGUCGAGCACUACUGCGGCCGCUGCCAUCUCGGCUGCAGCGCCAAUGAGAAGAGGGGCCCGGCCGUCGCCUUCCUCCCUGACGCGGCCGACGCGGGCACCGAGUUCAUGGAAGGUUUCAGGGUGGAACGUGUUGUAUUCGCCGCAGACGGCAAGACGGCGACGGGUGUGGAGGGUGUCUGGACGGCCCGUAGUGAGGAUGGCACGGUGCACGGCGCGCCAGAGACUCGUCGCCAGCGCAGGGUCUUGAUCAAGGCCAAGAAGGUGGUUCUGUCUGCUGGUUCGCUGUGGAGUCCUGCGUUGCUGCAAAAGAGCGGCGUCAAGAACCCCCAAGUUGGCCGUAACUUGUACCUGCACCCUGCGGCCUUCCUGGUCGGGCACUUUGACGAGAUUGAGCCCCAGUGGGAGGGCGGUAUCAUUACCGCUUACAAUGGCGAGUUUCAAAAUCUUGACAAAAAGGGCCACGGCGUCAAGCUCGAGACCAUGGCCAUGCUGCCAUAUGUCCUCUUCGCCAUCCAGCCGUUUGAGAGCGGCUUCGACUCCAAGCUCUGCGUCGCGCGCAUGAAGCAGCUGCACACCAUCAUCUCCAUCACGCGCGACCGCGACACGGGCCGCAUCACCGCCGAUCCCGAGACGGGCGCGCCGUGCAUCGACUACGACGUGUCGUCGUUUGACGCCGAGCACAGCCUCGACGGCAUCGAGGCCAUUGCCAAGCUCAUGUACGUCAUGGGCGCGACGGCGCUGUACCCGACCAUCCCCAACGUGCGGCCGUUUGUCGUGGCCCGCGACGGCGACGCGGCGCUACAGAAGAGCUACCAGGACGGGACGGAUCCGGAGUUCACGGACGCCAAGUUUGGGCAGUGGCUCAAGCACCUGCGCGAGGUCGGCGGCAAGGCCGGCCCCGAGAUCAGCUACCUGUCGGCGCACCAGAUGGGCUCGUGCCGCAUGAGCGCCAAGCCGAGCGGCGGCGUCGUCGACCCCAAGGGCAAGGUCUGGGGCUGCGAGAACCUGUACGUGGCGGACGGGAGCGUGUUUCCCAGCGCAAGCGGCGUGAACCCGAUGGUGACGAUCCUGGCGAUUUCAGACUACAUUUCGCGCCAGCUGGCCCAGGAGCUGUCGGCGUAG